AUGCAGAUGUGCUCAUGUCGGUAUAUCGCUCCACACGUCUCACCAGGCCGAGGCGCUGAGCCACCACGUCUUUGCUUGACCCCAGCUCCAACGAGAACAUCAAAGCUUCGCCCAGACGACGAUUACGCUGCUGAAUCUUGGGGAGAAGACUUGUCUAUGCCACGCGGGAGGAUAUUAUUGUAUUUCUCAUUUGUGUUCCGCGCAAGCGAGCGGAAAGCCCAGGCGCUUCAAAUUUCUGGCAUUCUGCCACUCUACUUCUUGUUCUGUCCGGAAAACGGAAGACAUGGAUCUUUUCCUUCAUAG